AUGGCCGCCCGCACGCUACUCGCCGAGACCGACAUAGACGCCGCCGCUACCAAUCUCAAAGGUCGUAACCCUCUACACGAGCUGUGUUGGUGUAAGAAGGAUAACGCCGCGACGAUAUGCGAAAUCUUCUUGGAAUUUAUGCCCGAUUAUCCCAUCAACAGGACAGACUUACAGGGCAACUCACCGCUUCUACUGGCGUAUAUGAACGGGCAGGGCGCCAUGUGUCGCGUGCUAGUACGAGCCGGAGCAUGUCUAGCGCAAGAGAAUAAGGAUGGCAUAUCCAUAUUUAACUACCAGGUGGCGACAAAGCAAUUGCUGCAUAGACUUUUGGACGCGCUACCCGCAGAAGCGCCAUGGGCAGAGAGCGAUCUCUGUCAAGAGUGUGGCACCAAGUUUACACUCACUAUGAGGAAACAUCACUGUCGUCACUGCGGUCGUAUGCUUUGCAACAAAUGCUCGAGCCAAGACGUGCCCAUAUUGAAGUUCGGUAUGAACAAACCACAACGAGUGUGCGAGAUAUGUUUCAACGUACUUCAAGUUGGGGCCAGUUAGUAGUGUCUCGACUGCUCGGAACACCAUUUUGUCGAUAAUUUGAGCCUGUACGUCGGAUUACAACAGUAUGUCAACAUUCCCCAUUUGAUAUGAAUCUACCCUCAAAAUAUUAAGGUUCAAAAUCAAGUGGAGAUUUGACAGAUCUGUAUAACCUGAUGCGCUGUUGACUGUACGUCCAAUGUUGACUUUGCCCAUCAUAUUUUAGCUCAUCGGGACUUUAUAUAAUGUCACAUUCACGUUUUUAUAAAUGGUAGCAUAGUAACUCAUUUAUGCCUUUUUCAAAUAUACAAACUUUUUUAUAUACACCUUGGCACCUCAAGUUAAUGGAAAACUUCCGAUUUCUAUAAUUAAUUUGAAAUUUA